GGAGCGGAGCGGACGCCUGCCGGCCGCGGUCAUGGCAGCGUAGGCUGCGUCCCGGCUCGGAUUGUUCCUGCCUGAUUUGUGCACCCUGUCAUUGGAUUUUGUCUCUUCUCACAGGUUUGAGUCUUCAGACGGACUGCUAGAGGACUCUACACCUGCCUCUCAGCUGGCUUUCCUGUUCACGAAGAGGAAGGCCAUCCAGACGCCCUACUACUGGAUCCCUUUCCUGCCCUGGAUCUCUUCCUACACUACCCUUUUCUGGAGUCCAGCUGUAGUGAUUUCCCACCUUCUUUCUGUCUGUGCUUAAAUGGCACAGCAUUUGGUCAGCACAUCUGAAAAAGAAAGUGUGAAAAGCAAAGGCCAUGGCUCCGUUCCGCUGUCAAUCAUGUGGCAAGUCUUUCCUCACCCUGGAGAAGUUCACCAUCCACAAUUAUUCGCACUCCAGGGAUCGGCCAUUCAAGUGCUCGAAGGCUGAAUGUGGCAAAGCCUUCGUCUCUAAAUAUAAAUUGAUGAGACACAUGGCCACACACUCCCCUCAGAAGACCCACCAGUGUGCUCACUGUCAGAAGACAUUCAACCGGAAGGAUCACCUGAAGAACCACCUUCAGACCCACGAUCCCAACAAGAUCUGCUUCGUUUGUGAAGAUUGUGGCAAGAAGUACCACACCAUGAUGGGCUACAAGAGGCACGUGGCUCUGCAUUCGGCCAGCAGUGGAGAUCUCACCUGUGGGGUCUGCACCCUGGAGCUGGGGAGCACCGACGUCCUGCUGGAUCAUCUCAAGUCUCAUGCGGAAGAAAAGGCCCACAAUGCGGCCACCAGGGAGAAGAAACACCAGUGCGACCAUUGUGAGAGAUGCUUCUACACCCGGAAGGAUGUGCGUCGCCACCUGGUGGUCCACACAGGAUGCAAGGACUUCCUGUGUCAGUUUUGCGCCCAGAGAUUUGGGCGCAAAGACCACCUUACUCGCCAUACCAAGAAGACACACUCACAGGAGCUGAUGCAAGAGAAUAUGCAGGCAGGAGAAUACCUGAGCACCAUUAACACCAUUGCGCCCUCAUUCCAGCUGAAGGCUGCACCUAUGCCACCUUUCCAGUUAGCAGUGUCCCCCCAGAACGGGCUUGCAGGUAGCUUGGCACCUGAGGUUCAUGGUCUAGUGCUUGCUCCCCCAGAACAGGCUCCGCAGCCUGUGCCACCAAUGCCAGAGCCACUUGUUACUCUGCACCCUGGGGUAGUUCCCACCUCUCCUCCUCCCACCCUUCAGGAUCAUCAGUAUAGUCCUGCUUCUACCUCAUAUGCCCCACUUGCAGGCCUGCCAAUUAAAGCAGAUGGCAAAGGCUUUUGCAACAUGAGUUUCUUUGAGGAAUUGCCUCUGCAAGAGCCUCUGUCGCCUCUCAAGCUUAACCCUUGUUUUGAGAUGGCUAAGGAGGGGAUUGGGAAAGUCACCCUGCCCAAAGAGCUGCUGUUAGAUGCUGUGAACAUAGCGUUUCCUGCAUCUCUGGAGAUUUCCUCCCUGUUGAGUUUUUGGCAGCUCUCCUCAACAACCUCCCAGAAUGGUUUUGUGAAUAAUACCAUCCCUGUGGGGCUGGGAGAACCACUGCCCCAUGGCAUAACUUGUCUGGCGGAGCAGCAGCAGCCACCACCACUGCUGCCACCACCACCACUGCCACCGCUGUCCCAGCCGCAGCCCCAGUUUCAGCUGCAGCUGCAGCCACAGCCCCAGCCUCAGUUGCAGCUGCAGCUGCAGCCCCAACCCCAGUUUCAGCUGCAGCUGCAGCCCCAGCCCCAGCUGCAGCCACCAAUACAGCUACAGCCACCAUUACAGCUGCAGCCACCAAUACAGCUGCAGCCCCAGCCUCAGCUGCAGCCCCAGCCUCUGCUGCAGCCUCAGCUGCAGCCCCAGCCUCUGCUGCAGCCUCAGCUGCAACCCCAGCCUCAGUUGCAGCUGCAGCCCCAGCCUCUGCUGCAGCCUCAGCUGCAGCCCCAGCUGCAACCGCAGCCUCAGCUGCAGCCCCAGCUGCAACCGCAGCCCCAGCCUCAGCUGCAGCUGCAGCCCCAGCCCCAGCUGCAGCUCCAGCCUCAGCUGCAGCUCCAGCCUCAGCUGCAGCUCCAGCCUCAGCUGCAGCCCCAGCUGCAGCCCCAGCCGCCGCUGCCGCUGCCACCACCACUGCCGCCGCAGCCACAGCCGCUGCCACAGCCACAGCCACAGCAACAAGACGCCCAAAUAGCAGUGGCCACUAUGAGUCUGGGCCAGCUCCCACUACCCCCGCUGCCCCAUGUUUUCACAGCUGGCAACAACACUGCUAUCCUGCCCCAUUUUCAUCAUGCAUUCAGAUAAACUGGUCCUUACGAGGGUGUUUUUCUUGUGGAAGAUGUUUUAAACACCAGUUACAGUUUGAAACAUCAGUUACAGUUUGAGGGGGGAGCUUUGGAAAACAGGAUUGGGGCUUUAGCUUAUUUGCCGUGACUAGCUUGAGAAAAAGAAUUCUCUAACUGCAUGCAUUGUGCCAAUAUAAUUAGUAUUCACGCUUUGUACCAAAUUUAGUGAGCGUGUGUGUAUUCUGCAAUCGAACUGCAUGUAUUAUCGUAUUAUCUCCAUAUUAUUAUCCCUAUAUUAUUAUCCUCAUAUUAUUAUCCUCAUAUUAUUAUCAUAUAAUCAAAACCAAGAUCCAAAACGUCAGCUGCUAUUUUGUAAAUAGUUUAUUGUGUUGACUUUAAUUGUAAGCAAUUGUGAUGAUGUUAACUAAGUACCUUUGUGUGUGUUACUGCCUAGAAAGGACAUGAUGGAAAAGUUUGGAUUUCUCCAAUUUGGAAAGCGUUUUUAAAAGAAGAGGGUAAUCUUUGUGUGGCAUUUAUAACUAGGCUGUGUGUGUGUCUUUUCAGGGACUUGUCUAUCUUCAGGGGACUUGUCUACCUUUAGGGUUGGAUAUAGUUUAGUUAGUCUUCUUGUAGUCUACUUUGUAGCUCGAUAGAAAAAAUUUGCUUGUGAAGCUAUUGAUUUCUUCAUUUUUAAAGUGAAUUGUAAGUGUAGUUUUCAAUAUUUUCAUGUGAUGUGUUGCAAUGUGAGUGAUGACUUCAUUUAUCUUAAAGACAAAACUGGUUGUCAAUUAUAUCUGACAGAAAAAAAAAAUCUCUGUGUAACCAAGUUAAGUAGCAAAAUAAUUGAGACAUCAGUCAAAGAGUCUUGCUGACUCUAAUACUCAUUAUGUUUUUAACAGGAAUUUAAGAAACUGUACUGGAAUUUUAAAAAAAUACGUAUAUUAGAUAAGACUUUUCUUUGCUUAGCUUAAACUGCUGCUUAAGCUGCUGAAGUUCUGAAGUACUGUUUGUAAUCACCGAUAAAAAGAAAAAUGUAGCUGUAGUUUGAUCAGUUUAAAUCAUUGUUAGUUUGUAUCCCAAGAGGAUUGCAUUUUGCAAUGUAACUGUGUUUGUAAUCUCUCAUUUGAUAUCUUGUUAAUCGAUUUUAGAAGUGUAAACCCCAAUCUUUGAAGACUCUGUAUUUCGUUUUUUGAGACUGUCUUUCUCAACAUAUAUACCCUACAUAUAAUAAAGGCUAAGCA